CAGGGCGGGUCCACCUGUGACUCAAAACCCAUAGCAAUCACAGAGCAGCCAGACGGAGCAGAUAGUUGCAGCUUUACGCAUUGGACCUCACCUGUCUCUGACCGGAGACAAAAGCAAAAUGAUGCCAGAACCUUUUAAAUCAGCGCUGUCUUUGGGACAUGUAGAGGACACGUCGCUGGCUUUGCCCUCGGAUCAUCAAAUGAGAUCUGCGCAACAGAGAGUUCUGGAUCAGGUCUGCACCAUCAAGAGAAGCAAGUCGAAAUACAGCAGUAAAAGUGUUUCUGGACUCCCUUCACCCACCAGCCCUGAAAGUGACAGUGUGUUUUAUGACUUCAAGCUGUCGUCUGCUUCGGCUCUCAGCGGACCCUCCAUCAACAGAGGAAACACUAUGACCAAUGGGGCUAAGCAAAGGCAAAACUUUGUACGCAAGUCCAUGAACUCCCGUAACUCCAGCAGCGCUCAUAUGAGCAUGAGCUCGAGGAAAGAAGGACCUCUGUACGCUCCUGUAAAAACCCUCCCUACCCAACCCCAACCCAACAGUCUGUACGUCUCUAAAGGCACCCGCAGCGCUCCGGAUCUGGGCUUUUACUCCACGGCCAAUGGCGGCACUGCCCAACGAAGCCAAGCCGGCAUGGGCAGAUACUCCUCAGAAUGGGCUGAGAAGACGAUGGCUCAUCCUUUAUACAAACAAACUCACCAGGCUGUUGCUAACGGCACGUACGGAAGAACUGUCAGCAUGAAUAGAGUUAGCACCGUUCAGCCCGUCAAGAGACGGACUUCUUCCCUUCAAUCCAAUGGAGAUUCCAGAAUGUCAAUCCCCAAGACUGGACAAACUGGUGGCUACGCUAUGAACACAGAGCGACUGAUGUCUGAUAUGACGAUGAAGGAGGCGGUGGAGUGUUUGUUCAGUCCGGAUGAGAAUCAUCAGUUGUGUGGAGCCGCGUACAUUCAGCACAGCACCUUCACUGAUGAGAAAGCCAAACAAGAGGUUUUGACCCUGAAGGGAAUUCCUCCUCUGAUAGACCUGUUAAACAGCCCCAGUCCUCGGAUUCAUGAGACCGCUGCCGCUGCGCUGCGCAACGCCAUCUUUAAAAACCAACCAAACAAAGAUGAAGUUCAUCGCGCCGGAGGAAUUCCUAAAGUAGUUCAGCUGCUGGGAGAGAGCAGUGACGAGACGCACAAACACCUGACAGGUCUCCUGUGGAAUCUGUCUUCAGCAGAUCAUAUCAAACCUGAUCUUCUCCGUACGGCUCUGCCAGCGCUCACAGAGAAAGUUCUUGAGCCGUACUCAUCCAGCACAGACCAAACAAUGGUCUCUCCAGAGGUCCUCCUCAACACCACGGCCUGUCUGAGAAACUUGAGUUCCUCUAAACUGGCCAAUCGUCAGGCCAUGCGCAACUGUAAAGGACUGAUCGAUUCUCUCAUGCGAUACACAGAGACCUGCAUUAAUAACGACACACCAGAUAACCAGGCUUUGGAGAAUUGUGUUUGUAUUCUUCAUAACCUCACAUAUCAGCUGGAAACAGAGAUGCCCUCAGCCUUUACUAAAAUGAACGCUCUGGCCAGUCACGCCCGUAAGCGCACCAGCUCUUCCGAAGCCGGCCCCAUCGGCUGCUUCAGCUCACAGAGUCAAAAAGUCCAGCAGGAGAACGUCUUUGACUAUCCAGUGAUGGAGGACAAUAAUCCUAAAGGCCUCAGCUGGCUGUUUCACUCUAAAGCCCUGCAGAUGUAUCUGGAUCUGUUGAGCUCCAGUGACAGAGACGCCACACUUGAGGCCAGCUGUGGAGCGCUGCAGAACCUCACAGCCAAUGACGGCAUCGUAUCAAAUGUGUUGAGUCAUACAGUUGUACACAAGUUGAACGGUCUGAAACACAUCAGUCCAUUGGUGCAGUCGACCAAUCCUGCGCUUCAGAACAGCGCCAUCGCUCUGCUGGGGAAUCUGUCCAGAUCAACACGUACAGGAAACAGAAACAUGGCCCGUCAGAGUUUACCUCAGCUGGUGGGCUUUGUGAAUUCAGGGCUGACAAAGAACGAUUCCACGCCUCAGUUUGACGGCACCAUGGCGACGGCUCUUCACAGCGCUCACUCCAUGUUAAAAGCUGAUCCUGAGUUGGGCAAGAGUUUAAUAAAUCCUGGAUUGAUCAGCGGUCUCAGCGGCAUGAGUAGAAACAUGAUAUCUCUGCCAAAGUCCAGCACAGCCGCAGGAGUUCUGCUGCACAGUCUGUGGUCAGAUAAGAGCUUUCAGAGCUUUCUUAAAACGCAAGGGAUGGAUAAGAAGACUUUUGUGAAUGAUGCGACAUCAGCAGCUUUCAGAUCUCUUCAGGUCAUCGACUGACCGGCACGCCGACAGACAACAUGACAGAAAGACGACAGUUUUAUUGCAUUACAUUUGAAUUCUGGUUAAGAAUUUCAGAACAAUGGUAAGAAUUAAAAGCUUUUUUCUUUAGGGGAAGUAGACACUUUUUGUUUAGCAAACAAUGUCAAAUACAGUGAUAGGAACAUGAUAUUUUUAUUUCUCAAUUUUUAGUUUUUUUCAGCACAGCCAUGUUGUUUGUUACUCUUUACGAUCUGUUUGCAUUUCUUUAAUGUCAUUUUGGUUCUCAAGUGUUACAGGCAGACGUGUUUGUGCAAGUUCAUACCGUAUAUAUAGAGAGAGAGAGAUAUAGAUUCAUAUAUCAUAUGACCAGUGAGUGAUUGAACUCUAAGGUUGUUUUCUUUGGCUCAUUUGCAUCUCAUGUUCUCAUAUUCACAUGUAUUAUGGUUAUAAGAUUAUGGGUGGGCAUAAGUUUGUCAUAUUUCAGCUCUCAGUAAAGUUCAAUAAAGUUUUCAACAGCA